GGAGUUUCAAGCUCAUUUUGUUCUGGAUAAUGUGACAAUCAUCCACAAUGGUACAUUCAGAUGCUAUGGCUAUUUUAGGAACCAUCCCCAGUUGUGGUCAAAAUCAAGUGACUCCCUUCACCUCUUGGUCUCAGAUUCCAAGGACCAGUCUCACAUCCACACUAAGAAUGAACCCACAGCCUCCCAGCACGAAAGUCACACAGUUGAAAAUCUCAUCCGAAUGAUCAUGGCUGCCUUGGUUCUAGUGACUCUAGUGAUUCUGCUGUUAGUAGCUUG